CUCCGGUGAAGAUGGAGCAGAAAGCAGCGGCGGCGCGUCGCUGCAGGACUCGAGCCUUCAUCAGUGUGUGAACUCCAGAAAGCUUCUGUUGCUUUUUACGUUCUCCAGAGAGGACCCGCAGCCCGACAUGUUCUCCGAGGGGAGCGACUUCAACCUGACGUCCAGCCUGAACCUGUCCUCUCUGGAGCGGGACUGGAGCGACUCGGCGCUCGGGCGGCUGUCGCGCAGCGGUCACCGCGUGGUGUCGGUGUUUCUGGGCUCCAUCAUGGUGUUCGGUUUCCUCAACAACCUGCUGGUUCUGGUUCUGUUCUGCCGCUUCAAGACUCUGCGGACCCCGGUCAACAUGCUGCUGCUCAACAUCAGCGUCAGCGACAUGCUGGUGUGCGUCUGCGGCACGACGCUCAGCUUCGCCUCCAGCCUGCGGACGCGCUGGCUGUACGGCCGGCUCGGCUGCAUGUGGUACGGCUUCGUCAACUCCUGCUUCGGCAUCGUGUCUCUGAUCUCUCUGGCCGCCCUGUCCUACGACCGGUACAGCACCCUGAUGGUGUACAACAAGCAGGUCUCGGACUACAGGAAGCCACUGCUGGCGGUGGGGGGUGCGUGGCUGUACUCCCUGCUGUGGACGGUGCCCCCCCUGCUGGGCUGGAGCAGCUACGGCCCCGAGGGGGCCGGGACCAGCUGCUCGGUGACGUGGACGGAGAGGUCGUUCGGCUCUCACUCGUACAUCAUCUGUCUGUUUGUCUUCUGUCUGGGCCUCCCCGUCCUCGUCAUGGUCUACUGCUACGGCCGCCUGCUCUACGCCGUCAAACAGGUGGGUCGUAUCAGGCACACGGCAGCUCGUCGCAGAGAUUUUCACAUCCUGUUCAUGGUCAUCACCACGGUGGUGUGUUACCUGGUCUGCUGGAUGCCGUACGGCGUCGUUGCCAUGAUGGCCACCUUUGGACGGCCAGGGAUCAUCAGCCCCGUGGCCAGCGUCGUCCCGUCGCUCCUCGCCAAGAGCAGCACCGUCAUUAACCCCGUCAUCUACAUCCUGAUGAACAAACAGUUCUACCGCUGCUUCCUGAUCCUGUUCCACUGUAAACACCAGACAUCGGAGAACGUUCAGUCCUCCAUGCCCUCCAGGACCACCGUGGUCCAGCUCAACCGCAGAGUGUGUGACAGCAGCCCAGCGGCCACCGGCCUGGCGGUGCUCACCGGAACUGGUACAAUCCACACGGAUGGAACAACAUGUCCAACAGAACCGACGCCACUGAGCCACCUGAACCCUCCUUAUCCUGAAUCCUCCUCCUGAGACAUGUGAUUGGACUAGAAACCCAAGGGGUGGGGCACAGUCCCGCCCCCACCUGUGUUGUGUGUGACAGUGGCUCCGCCUCCUGGAAACUCUUGAUGUCACCCCAGGUGUGACCCCAGUGUGUUGGUGCAGUGAUCGUAUCACCUGAAAACCUCGAGGCUGUGAUGCUCAACCAGCUGAGGUAUAGAGGACAAACUGUGUCGCUGUUCUGGGUCAGUGAUAAAAAGAUUUGAAACUUCACUGUUUAGUAACUUGUAGGUGUAAAUGGACAUGUGUAAAAUACUUGAUUAUUAAGAGUAUUACAUCAGUGUACAUGUAAUUAACAGAGAAUUACACACUAAUCUAUUGCUGGGGCAAUUCGUCGACGUAAUUGAUUACGUAAUCGCUGUAUCUCGGCGCCUUCGACCGUCUAAAGUUUGGAGUAUUUCAGACAGACACUCAACAACGUGCUGCUCCGUGAGCUCUGAACAGGAAACGGCUUCACUGCAGCACAACUGCUGUCCACGAACACGUGAAACAUACGCCGCAGCACUUUGUCUAGACGGCAGCACCGCAAAUCGUGUUUCCUUUCUGUCGCCACACGAGCACGAGGACACGUAGUGUUUCUUCAUUGCCUUCAUGUUAAAAGUAAUUUCUGCCCCGCUGCGGUCAUGGUAACGUAACGUUACACCGCGAGUCAUGUAACGAUCGGCUGUUUCAUAUUUUCUGUUUCUUUAAUGGCCACGUAUGAGCGAGAAAACAGCUGAAUCUGAUUACAGACAAUCUGUCUUUCUGACUGUCUUUCAGGUGUUCACUGAUGCAGAAAUACAUUUUAUUAUCAUACUGCAUUACUUAAUAAUGAAAUGAUCCUAAUUAAUGUCUGUUAUUGUUAUUAUCACAACACAUCA